GAGGUCUCAGUUGAUCCCUGGGUGUUGGAACGAGAGCAACAGAGCAAGGAAGCUUAUAACUGAGUGUAUGAGGCCUUAGAGUCACAUAGCGGGCAGCAGCGGUCCUCCAAACAGCAAAGGCAACAUGAUGCGAGCAGGAGCCAGGCAUUAUGUGGUGACCAGGCCAUUGUACUCUGAGGACUCAUUCAACGAGGAGCAUAAGAAGGUCUACAGGCAUCACAAGACAAUUCUGGACCACGUCAAGCAGUACUUCAGAUGUGACGCCAAACGGGCCAAGAACGCAGCUCUCUCUCUGCUGCCGAUCAUCGGCUGGAUGAAAAUCUACAGAUUCAAAGAGUGGCUGCUCAGUGACAUCGUGUCUGGUGUCAGCACAGGACUGGUGGCUGUCCUGCAAGGUCUUGCCUACUGCUUGCUGGCCUCUCUGCCUCCCUGGUAUGGACUCUUUGCUGCCUUCUUUCCAAUCAUCACCUACUUUUUCUUGGGCACCUCUCGUCACAUCUCAGUGGGUCCUUUUCCAGUCUUGUGUCUGAUGAUUGGCUCGGUGGUAACUAGGCUCAUCCCAGACGAAGGGCCAGCUGCCAACAUCACAGGGUUUACAAGUCUGACGGUAGACGAGCAGAGAGUGUUGGUGGCCUCCUCUGUGACCUUCCUCGUUGGCAUCAUGCAGCUGGCAAUGGGACUCCUACAGGUGGGCUUCGUGGUCAUGUACCUGUCUGAUACCCUGGUCUCCGGGUUCACCACAGCUGCUGCCAUCCAUAUCCUUGUAUCUCAGUUAAAGUUUGUGUUGGGGCUCCAGGUUCCUGGCAUCAGUGGACCCCUCUCCCUUAUAUAUACUCUGGAGAUCAUCUUCAAGAAGAUCACGUCUAGCAACGUGUGUGACAUUGUGAUCUCCCUCGUGAUCAUGGUGGUGGUGUUUCUUGUGAAAGAGCUGAAUGACAGAUACAAAUCUAAACUGCCCGUUCCCAUCCCGAUAGAGGUUAUCAUGACUGUUAUUACUUGUGGAGUUUCUUAUGCGUUUGACUUCAAUACCAGAUAUGGCAUUGACGUUGUUGGAAAAAUUCCCCGAGGAUACGAGCCUCCAGUCGCCCCAAACCUUCAGGUCUUCCAGCACACGGCGAUGGAAGCUUUCCCUAUGGCUAUAGUGGGUUUUGCUGUGGCCUUCUCUGUGGCAAAGGUCUAUUCUAUAAAACAUGAUUACACAAUAGAUGGAAACCAGGAGCUGAUCGCCUUCGGAGUUAGCAAUAUCUUUGGAGCGUCCUUCAAGGCCUUCGCAGCGAGUACAGCGCUUUCCAGGAGUGCGGUGCAAGAAAGUACAGGAGGAAAAACUCAGAUCGCUGGUUUACUGUCAGCUAUUAUAGUGAUGAUUGUCACUUUGGCUAUUGGAUUUCUUCUCGAGCCUUUACCAAAGUCUGUGCUGGGGGCCGUGGUCAUCAUCAACCUGAAGGGUAUGCUGAUGCAGUUCAAUGAAAUUCCUUACCUCUGGAGGAGAGACAGGCCAGAUUGUGUGGUGUGGAUGAUCACCUGCGGAGCAUCCAUCCUCCUGGGGCUGGAUCUUGGAUUGGCUGUUGGUCUUGGUGUGGAGUUGAUCUGCGUCGUCCUCCGGGUUCAGUUCCCUCGCUGCAGUGUGCUAGCCAACAUUGAGGGGACAGAUAUUUACAAAGACAGGAAGGACUACAUCUGUAUAAAUGAACCAGAGGGGGUGAAGAUCUUCAGAAUCCCGUCCCCAAUCUUCUUCGCCAACAUGGACUUCUUUAGGAACAAGCUAGUGGAAGCUCUUGGUUUCAAUCCUCUGAGAGUGUUGAAAAAAAGAAACAAAGCUCUGAGUAGGAUCCGGAAACUUCUGAAGAAAGGCGACCUGCAGUGGACGUCGAAAGGGUUCAUGAACACAACAAACAGCUCCCUUAUGGACCCGUUAGAAGACAGCGACAACGAGGAGCUGGACAAACCCAUCGACUUCAAGGACCUUCCCAUCCGCAUCGACUGGAACGCCGAACUUCCUGCCAACAUGGUGGUUCCCAGGGUGGACAUCCACAGCCUGGUGCUGGACUUCGCUGCCGUCUCCUUUCUGGACAUAUCUGGACUGAAGGGACUCAAAACCUUGCUGAAAGAACUGGUCCGUGUUGAAGUUGAGGUCUACAUCGUAGCUUGUGAUCCGUACAUCCUGGAGAAACUCCACAGCUGUUGCUUCUUUGAUGAGGAGGUUCAGCCCUCCAUGUUCUUCCUAACGCUGCACGACGCCAUGCUGCACAUUUUGGAGAAACAUCCAGAGACGACAGUAAGGAAAACAGACCAGAUACUAACAACAGUGACAGUCCAUCAUCCGAGCCGCAGUCUGAGGAGCAGAGAUAAAAAUGGUCCAGUGCCAGCUGGAGAGACCAAGUUCUAACGGGGACAAAAGAUGAAAUCAAUAAAUGAAACGGCAAAAAGAAAAGAAGACUAUAUAUUUUAUACAUCGCUUUAUUUAUUAUGCAUAAUUAAUAUAUGUUUUAGAGAUUACGGUUUAAAUGAUUGUAAAAUCAUUGCGAAAAGGUAAAUCCAUAUUGCAUUGGGUGAUAAAGAAAUGUAAAUACAAUCCCAGAUUAACAACACAUGAUAAAUUCUAACUGAAAAACUAAACGCAAGCGUGAAAAUAUGGAAUCUACCUCAUGGUGGCGCUAGCAGGAACAACUCCUACUGUCUUCGUCUCACAUCAUUCUGAAUGUCUGAUUGAUGCACAUUUCUCCUAAUGCCACAUCAGUUAAUAUCGAUCAGGUUUAGAUUUGAACUUUGACUGGGCCGUUCUGUUGUCUUUCAGCCAUUUGAGCUGAUUUAAGUCAAGCUUUAUCUCCUGGCUUCACAUUCAGCCGCCAUCAGAUACAGAUGAGGUUGAUGGAAAGGUGCAGUUUGUUUUGCUGCCAAACAUCCAAACAUGGAUCUGUGUAUUACAGUCAAACAACAAAUGGGAAACAGACCCAAUUCAAGUUCAGGUCCAUGGAAUCCAGAUUCAAUUUACAGGGACAGAUUUAAAUCUGUACCACUUCUUAAGUCAUCUUUCAGACAAAAAUGUUUGUACACAUGGCUCUAUAACUCUUCCCAGAUUGAUGGGCAGCAGCAGUUGUUUCCCUGAGGUCAUCGGUGAUGUCUUGGCAUUGUGUUAACACACACCUGGAUGCUCCAGGACAGCAAACAUCCACUACUCAAAUUCAAAUUUAAAAAUAUUUUAUUGAUCCCAAAGGGAAUAUAAACGUCAUAUUAAUUAGAAAUUUGUGGGCGUUAUUGUACAGUGAUGGCUGUGGGCAGGACUCCUGCUUUUAUCAGGGUUUGACACUGAUAUUGAUCAGUUAUGUAAUGAAUUUUUGUAAAACAUUUUAUAUAUCAUGUCUGUUGUGUAUCUAAGCUUGUAUUUACCAAAUUGUACAUUUUUUUAUAUAUAAAACAAAAUGUUUUAUGUGAUUGUUUCUGUGUGAGAAACAUUAUAGGACCUAGAUGAGGUGCAGAUAUAAAUAUAUCUAUUCCAUGUAGACUCUUUUUAUUAUGAAUUUAAGAGCUUGUUUUUAGGGUUUUUUAUAUUGUUGUACAUAGAAAAUAUUGCUAUACCAUUCAAUCAAAUAUACGGUUUUAUUACAAAAGCCAUAUUUUGUUUUUUAUACUGUAAACACUUCAUUUGUAGGCCAUUUUUGUUGUAAUAAUGAAUCUAAAAAAUGAAUAAUUUUGCCAAAGUUUUGUUACAGCUCUGUUCUGUUAUCAAAAUAAAAAAUAAUCUUUAUAUAUUUAUUUACUUUUAUUGGUCUGUUUUGUGCUCAUGAAUAUUUUACAGUAUGAUAAGGAAUGAGAGUCAUACUAUAAAAACUUCUAUGGUAGUAUAUUUAACUCUUAACUCUGCUACAGU